AGUAUUUUCAAUGGGACUGGGUGCACGCUAGGUGCCAGUUAUGGCUCAUCUGGAUCUUUUGCUCUCACAGGCUCGGGCCUAUCAGGGAGAGCACUACUAUGGUCACGCCUAGAUGGAAAAUACUAACUCAGUUGGUGUUUUGUGUAAAAGGCCAGAGGGUGCAUCACCAGCUGCUACACCAGUGCAGCUCAGCUUGCCUCAUACCUCAUAGUGCAGCAGCUAGUGCACCAGGUGAUGCAGCAUCAGCUGCCACACUAGUGCAGCACAGCAUGCCACCCAGUGCAGCAGCUCGUGCAUCAGAGCUGCCCAGACAUGCACUGGACCAAGCCAGACAAGAAAACCAGUUGCCAGAUGAUACAAGAACAAGUGAAACUCAGAUUGAAGCUUCAAGUAGAAGUCCAGAGAUCUUGCCUUGUGUUUCAGAGUUGAAGAAAUUGAAGAGUUGUAAUUUUUCAUCUAAACGACAGUGUAGCUUACCUGAUGUGUGUACAGAACGGUGUGUAGUUUUUGUUAGUUAGUUUGGUUAGUUUUAGUCAGACACGUGUAUGAGUUUGUUGUGUUUGUUAAGUUGUGUUCACACGUGCAUAUAGCU